AUGUUCAAUCCAGAAGUGAUCACCCGGGUGUUUCCUUCUCCCGAUGCACAGCCCGUGGAUAUAACUGCACAGAGCCAGGUCAUGACAUCGUAUCUCCUUGACUACGUGUGGUGUGUCCCUGGACCGCUUGCCCUCGUCCCGACUGCUACCUUGCUCGGUCCGCCUUAUCUCAAUGAAUCCACAUUAUAUGAAACGAAGACCGCUGGGUCAGGUACCUGCGAGACCGUGUAUGUGCCUACCGAGACCACUGUCUGUGCGACCACACUCACAGGGCUGGCGUCCAAGAUCACAGUCACGGAUUGCUCGCAGGAAAUUACCUUCUCAAGCGAAUGUGGAUUCACCCUCGAGACUCCUACACCGACACUCCAAAAUCUAACAUCUCUAAUUACGCCAGCGCCUACUGUUAAGCGCAUGAUGACUUACUGGAUUGCACCAUGGCAAUCCCUCACACUGGGCGACACGCCGUCCGAUGUUGACACAAAGAUCUGCACGAUAUUGGAUAAUGAUACUCUCGAGUGUAUACGCUACCAGGAGGUAUGGGAAGUGGUUGUUGUUACCACCACUACCACAGUGGAGUGGCCAGUGGAGGUGACGACAACGGUCACUGGGCCGGGGACUUUGAUCAUCGAUACUUUACAAGCUCAGGUUACGGAUACCAUCGCAUACAUCGAUCUGUCCACCAUACUCCUAUUGGAAACCGAGAUCUCGAUUGAGACCACCAGCAAGAGCAAAAAGCUGGUCACCAGGCCUGAGGACGAAUUGACACCAACACCGACAGCAACUGUUUAUUUGACAAAGCUUUCACAUUGUACGCAAAUGACUGGAACCACUAACGGUAGACAUAGCCCAGCCGAAACAACGAUUGUGCGUUUGACGUCCACUGCAACAGACUUUGUUGGAACGAUAACCAGGACCCGGCCACGACCUCGACCAACACCAAUCGAAGUUGAACCAGUGAUUUUCAUUUAG